AUGAUGAGUAAUUUGCAAUGGACUGUGGCGGUGAGGAAGGAAAAACAGUGCACUGGAUGCCCACAUUUGACUCAUUGUAAAUCAAUCCUGUGCGGUCUAGCACAUUGCGCAUCCGAGACUCAAUUUUCGCACCUUGUCAUUUCCUCAUACCUCUUUACCGGGUACACUGUACCCCCAUGGCAACAUGAUGUCAAUGUGUGCACCCAACAGAAAGUCAUACUUCAAGAAAAAGUCGCACCUGGAAGUGCUAUUGUCAUGAAGGACACAUAUUUGAAAAGAUUUGGCGAUUUACAAACGCUCAAUGAGGGACUGGCCCACCAUUACACAGUUUCAACCAUUUCUGAUGUAUGGCUUCAAUUAGAUGCUGAAGAGCGCGAUAGGCAGAGCAUCAAAACAAAAAUGUCGAAAGCACCGAAUGCUGACCAUGAACCUAUCGCCUACGAAUACUUCUUCCGUCGUUGCUAUGGCGACAAAUGUUUCAAUCACUUGUUGUGGAUCAUGCGACAAUUACAGACAAAGCCAGAAGCAGAAACGUCGCAACCAAAAGCUUAA